AUGUCUGGAUUAGUGAGUGAGAAUCAAGAUGACAGAGGGAGCCUGGUAGAGCUGCUCAAAGUCACUAGAGCAAUCGAUGUCAAGGGAUUCCUAUUGUCAGGAGAUAUUCUCUCACAAAUCGAAAGCCUUUCAGAGCAGUUGAAGUUAGACCGACACGAGCGCGAGGCCGAUGCAUUGCAAGAAGUUCAUCAGCACUGUACGACCAAAACAGACUUUGGAGGACUCGGCCUUGCAACAAAUCACCAGUUUAGUGAUGCCGAUGUUACUGAGGUCCUUUUCUUGGUGUCGGCAUAUCUGGAAGCCCUCAAUUACCAAGACCGAAAUUCAUCUCCAGCACCAGCUCUAAAUCAGCGUCCAGCUGGGCGUCGGGGCAUGACUCUUGCCGAGAAGAUAUUUGCUGCCCAUGAUGUCUCUCGGAGAGGCGAAGUCAAACCAGGCGACGUUAUCCGUCUGGACGUCGAUUGGAUCAUGGCAAGCGAGCUCUCAUGGCAUGCAAUGGAAAAGACAUACGAGUCACUCGGCAAACCGGGAAUAUUUCGCAACGAUAGGCUCUGGAUAGCUGGCGAUCAUGUUGUGGACCCACGCGUGAUGAACCAUCCUCGGGUCAAGCCUCUGGUCGAGUCGAGCGAGAGGGCGAGAAAGGUUUUUAAACUGACAGAGUAUCAAGGAAUGAAUUAUACCAUCAUGCAUACGGAGUUUUGCCGAGAGAGAGCACAGCCGGGAAUGCUGAUCAUAGGAUCCGACUCGCAUACAUGUUCUGCUGGAAGUGUAUCGAGUCUCGCUAUUGGUCUUGGUGUUGCUGAUGUCACUCUCCCACUCGUGACAGGCGAGACGUGGAUCAAGGUUCCGGAAACGGUUGAGAUACGUUUUGUCAAUAAACCACGGCCAGGCCUAGGGGGCAAAGAUAUUAUCUUGUAUAUCCUGAAGGAGCUUAAAAGGAACACUGUCGCAGCGCAAAGAGUAGUCGAGUAUACUGGUCCAGGGUUGAAGCACCUCUCCUGCGAUGCUCGAUUCGCGUUCUGCAAUAUGACAACGGAGUUUGGCGGCAUCACGGGCGUAUGCGUUCCUGAUGAGAUUACCAAAGCAUUCAUCAAUAGAAGGAAGAACCCCAAGCACAAGAAGAACGCUCUGUACUAUCAGCCUGACAAGGACGCACAAUACGCCGAACGCUACACAAUCGAUCUCCAUAAGGUCGAACCAUUUGUCGCGCGUUACCCCAGCCCCGAUGACGUUGUGCCCGUAAAUGAGGUUGCAGGUACGACGUUGGAUGGAUGCUUCAUAGGCGCCUGUACAACUGCGCAUGAAGACUUGGUCCUUGCAGCCCUAGUCCUCGAGGCCGGUUUGAACAGAGGCAUGAGACCGGUGACGAAUGGCAAACGGAAAGUCGUCCCCGGGUCUCGCCCGAUACUCCAUGACUUGAAGGUUCGAGGCUUGGCCGAUGUAUACAAGAGAGCUGGAUUCGACAUAGGGGUUCCGGGUUGCAGUUAUUGCGUGGGAAUGUCUGCAGACAAGGCUGAAGUGGGUGAGGUUUGGCUGAGUAGUCAAAACAGGAAUUUUGAAAAUCGAAUGGGCCCUGGAGCAAUUGGAAGUAUCGCAUCUGCAGUCACUGUUGCUGCAAGUAGCUUCAGCAUGACGAUAACGGACCCAACUUCCCUUCUUGAUGAUAUUGACUUGACCCGCUUGGAGAAGAUCUUGGGUACUAAGGCGGAAGAGAAAUCUCCGCUUCGAUAUGUUGAACCGGCAGCCCAAGAAACGCGGCAAAGACCGAUUACAUAUAGUGCUCCACCACUGGCAAGAGAAGGGACUAUAGACUCACCUGUAUCAUCUCGCACCGAUAGAGCCAUAAUCGGCAAAGUCCAAACAAUUGGCGACUUCAUAGACACCGACGCACUAGCUCCCGCUGAGGCUUUGGUCAGCGCACAGACGGCCGAAGAAUUUGGAGAGUACUGCCUCUAUCACACGCAUCCCGACUUCCGGCGGCGGGUCAAGGAAGAGGGGCUUAACGUGGUCGUCGCUGGCAAGGGUUUUGGGGUCGGAUCGUCACGGGAGAACGCCGUGACAGCAUUGCUCGGAGCCGGCGUACAGUGCGUGAUUGCACGGUCAUUUGCAUUCAUCUAUGCGCGAAACCAGCCGAACUUGGGCUUAUUGGGUAUUGUAAUCGAGGAGGAGGGGUUCUACAGCGUUGCCAAAGAUGGAGCUGAAAUCGAAAUCGAUGUUGCAAGGCGUGUUAUCAAAGUUGGGGGCAGAGAGUUCGGAUUCCAGAUAAGUGAGCUGGAGAUCCGGUUGUGGCAGCAAGGAGGGAUGAGUGCAUCGUUCGCCCGAUGGGGAAGGGUAGUGCUGGAGAAGAUAACGACGGGAAGCCAUGCUUUUGCGGGAGAAGGAACUUUGGAAAGAUCUCAGCAUGGUGAAGAGCUGAAAUGGUAG